ACUGAUACACGAUGCCGUUCCAGUUUGCCAUUUAUUACUUAUACGAUAAAUCAUUGAAAGUGGAGAGCACAUCGAUCCUUGUAGAUAUAGACCAGCACAGUCAAGUUACGUCAAAACCAGACCUUGAUGGAGACGAGAAUUGGCUGGAAAUAAAGUGGCCUUCACGUAAAGAACCUGAGAAAACGGUGCCUGCAAAAGUCCUGCUGUUUGGAGAUUCGUUCAAAGACCUUGUCAUGAAGAAAAACUUACUACUUUUGGGAAAGGACAUAUGGAACCAGGAUGAAAGCAGGGGCGUUUGUGUCAAAAAGAAAAUGUUGGACACCAGCAACAAUCUAAACGAGGCUAAAAAAGGCAGGCUGCAAAAGCAAACCAAGAUUAAAGAGGCAGCCAGAGACAAGAUGUUACAAAAACUGAAGAAUUCCCUUUCUCAGAGCAGAGCCGUAGACACACAAGAUCAAAACACCAGCUCUGAGGAUGAAGUUCCACAAUGUCUUCAUAAUGUAAACUUAAACACUAAGAAGGCUGCCAGACCCCUGGCAUUCACUUCCGAUCAUCAUAUCAGUUCUGAUGAGGCCACAAACAUAGCGAGCCCACUCCGUCCAGAUCAUCACACCAGUUCUGAUGAUGCUACAAACAUAGGGAGUCCUGAAAUGGCCAAUGACUCAGAUGAAGACUUUGGUCUAACCUCAACCCAGAGAAGGGCAAGCCGACUUUCUCCAAAGACUAAAGAUUCGAACACUAGGCCAAAAAUGCUGUCUCAAAUGGAUGAAGAAAUCAUGACAUCCCUUCGUGAGCUACCAGAAAUGAUCAAAUCAGUGACAUUGAAAUGGUAUGUUACAAUUAAAGAUGAACUGAGCUGA